AUGUUCAACCUGAUUUUUGGCAAGAGAAUGCAACAGUCGCGCAAAGAGCACCAGGACUAUGCCGCUUCCCUCGCCAUGGCCCGAAUUCAAGGAAAAGAGCAAACCGAUCGCAGGGACUUCAUGGACUUCAUUCUCAGCUCACGUGGUGAGUCGCAUCAACUCACUGACGAAGAACUGGUCCAUAAUGCAGGCUUGUUCAUGGGCGCAGGCCCCAAGACCACGGCGACACCUCGACAUUACGUUCAAAGAAGCAAACGCGCGUUUUUCGUAACUGUUGGCUUGCCUAAACGAGGCAAUGUCCAUUUUUCCUUCAAUCCCGUUAGUUUUGUUACUGGUAACAAACGACGGUCACCGAUUCUCAUUGCUGGUCACUCGAUCCCUCCUGCGACCUGUGUUGGUGUUUACCAGCUGUCGGCUUACCACUCGCCACUCAACUUCCACGAUCCGCAAGCGUUCCGUCCAGAGCGUUGGCUACCGGAGGUCUACAAUGACCCUUCCUCGCCCUUUCACAGUGACCGAAGAGACGUACACAAGCCUUUUCCCCUUGGUCCUCGCGACUGCAUCGGCCGUAAUCUCGCCUUCCACGAAAUGCGUCUGUAUCUCGCCUUGGUCCUCUGGAACUUCGAUUUAUCACUUGAAGAGAGCAUGGAGCAGUGGCAUGUGCAGAAAUCGUUUGGAUUUUGGCAAAAGCCAGCACUUAGAGUGAAUGUCAAGCAGCAGACGCGAAUUUGA